AUGGCGGCCGUGUCAAGCGGAGGUGCUGCUGGGUCCGCUGCGGCCGGGAUUACGCACUCUGCCCGACCGACCCACGCAGGCAUGGGCUCCCAGAACCGAGCCCAGCCACCCUCCGGUAUCAGCCACUCCGGUCGCACCAGCACGGCCCCCGGGUGCAUCACCAAUCCCGGCCACACUUCGGCCACCAGGCCCCCCCCAGCCCGAGUGGGCCACUACGAAAUCGAGCGGACCAUCGGCAAGGGAAAUUUCGCGGUUGUUAAACUAGCCACACACAUAAUUACCAAAGCAAAGGUGGCUAUAAAAAUAGUGGAUAAGACCCAGCUGGACGAUGAGAACCUGAAAAAGAUUUUCAGAGAGGUGCAAAUCAUGAAGUUGCUGAAGCACCCCCACAUCAUCCGCCUCUACCAGGUGAUGGAGACGGAGAGGAUGAUCUAUCUGGUAACGGAGUACGCUAGCGGUGGAGAGAUUUUCGACCAUCUUGUGGCUCAUGGGCGUAUGGCUGAAAAAGACGCCAGGAAAAAGUUCAAACAGAUUGUGGCAGCUGUCCAUUUCUGCCACUGCCGCAGCAUCGUCCACAGAGACCUGAAGGCAGAGAAUCUCCUGCUGGACCACAACCUCAACAUCAAAAUCGCAGAUUUUGGCUUCAGUAACCUGUUUUCUCGAGGACAGCUGUUGAAGACGUGGUGCGGCAGCCCUCCCUACGCUGCACCAGAACUCUUUGAGGGCAAGGAGUAUGACGGACCCAAAGUAGAUAUAUGGAGCUUAGGGGUGGUGUUAUAUGUGUUGGUGUGCGGCGCCCUGCCUUUUGACGGCAGCACUCUACAAAAUUUGCGGGCACGUGUUCUCAGUGGCAAAUUCCGCAUCCCCUUCUUCAUGUCUACAGACUGUGAGUACUUGAUCAGACACAUGUUAGUGCUGGAGCCCAGCAGGCGGUUGACCAUGGAGCAGAUCUGUAAGAACAAGUGGAUGAGACUAGGAGACCCAGACCCAGACUUCGACAGGUUGAUAGCAGAGUGUGAGCAGGUGAAGACGGAGAGAGACACGGAGCUCAUCAAUGAGCAGGUGCUGAUAGCCAUGUGUGAGAUGGGCCUGGACCGAGAGCGCACACUUCAGUCCCUACAAACGGAUGCAUACGAUCACUACAGUGCCAUCUACAGUUUGCUGGCGGACCGCCUCAAGAAACACAAGACCCUGCGCGUGGCCCCGCCUACACCACGCUCCAUUAGCUAUCCUCUAAACGCCGUACAGACGGAUCCACAGGGUAAUCCCGUUAGCAUGACCGUUCCCCACGUCCAGCUCAUCAACCCAGAGAACCAGAUUGUUGAGCCGGAUGGCAACAUGGCACUGGACAGCGAUGAAGGGGAGGAGCCGUCUCCUGAGGCCAUGGCGCGCUACCUUUCGAUGAGGCGGCACACUGUGGGAGUACCAGACCAAAGGACAGAGAUGCAGGAGGACCUCCAGCAACUGCCACCAGGGUUCCCCCGUGGGGCAGUGCCUCAGCCCCCCUUCCCCCCACUGGCCCCUCAAAUGAGCCAAAUGCACACUCUCAUGCCCACACAGAGCCUGCAGCCCACCCAGCAGCUGGAGUACAAGGAGCAGUCUCUGCUGCAGCCCCCCACCCUGCAGCUGCUCAACGGCAUGGGGCCUCUGGGUCGAAGAGCUUCCGACGGCGGGGCCAACAUUCAACUUCAUGCUCAGCUCCUCAAGAGGCCCCGGGGGCCCUCACCGCUUGUCGCCAGUCCGCACCCUAUCCCUGCUGUAGCUCCGGUGGAUGAGGAGGGUUCGGAUGGAGAGCCAGACCAAGAGGCCGUGCAGAGGUACCUGGCGAACCGCUCCAAGCGGCACACGACGCACGCGCUCAUGAGCACAUCGCAUGGCGAGCCCUCGGCAGAGUCACAGCGGCCCCAGGGCCCCCGCCAGAGGGGGGGCUGGGCCCUCGACACACACACCCGAUCGAGCUAUAAGGACUGUAACACCCUUCAUCUCCCCAUGGAGCGCUUCUCCCCUGUCAGGCGCUUUUCUGACGGCGCAGCCACCAUCCAAGCCUUCAAGGCUCAUCUAGAGAACAGCAGCAUCAUUAAGCAACUCAAACAGGAGUGUGAACAGCUGCAGAAAAUGUAUGCUGCUCAGCAGGAUGAGCGACUCCUGGAGCACACCCAGCAACAGCAUAUCCUCUACCAGCACGAGCAACAAAUCCUCCACCAGCAAAUCCAGGGUCUGUCUUUAGGCCAUGGAGAGAGCCAGCCCAGUCAUUUAACCCACCAGCUCCAGAGGUUGCGUAUCCAGCCCUCCAGCCCUCCGCCAACACAUCCCAGCAACCACCUCUUCAGACAGCCCGACCAGAGCCCUCCGCCCGGCUCUGCAGGCAUGAUGCAAGGGCAUGUAUGUCCGUCACAAGUGCAGUACCAGCACGGUUCCCCAGCGAUGUACCAGGCCCAGAGUGGCAGCCCGCCCCCCACAGGCAUGUCUCGAGUCUCUAUACCAACCAAUCAACAAGCAGCCUCUGCCCGCCCCACCGUCCCAUUGGCACAGGGUGUACCUCUACAACAGCAGGUGACCAUUCAGGUUCAGGAGGUGGAGCUGGGUGGUGUAGCACAGAGACAGGGCGGCUUUCUGACCACGCCUGGGCACAGAGUCCUCGGGAAGCAGCUUAGCGCAGACAACGCCGAGAUGCACAGUCGCAGCCUUGGCCGCUUCACAUCGGCCUAUGACCAGGCGCAGUUUAACCCUCACCUCUUCUCUGGCGACGCCAUGUCCCGGGGGGCCGCCUACGGCCACUACCUGCAGGGCACCUCCCUCACAGUCCCCGGCCUGGAGGAUUAUGGGGGAGUUGGGGCCGGCGGUUACGGCCCCCCCUCGACACUCCAGCAGGCCCUGCUCUCCCCGACUCCUUUGGACUACCGCCCCCCCCAACAGCACAUCACUCCCACCCUGCAGGGCCUUCUGUCCCCCCGCCACUCUCUAACAGGCCACUGCGAUCCCAGGCUGCCCCCCCAGGACCUGGCUGCCCUGCUGAAGAGGCACAGCCCCCGGCCGUGCCAAGCGGCCCCCAGCCCACCCAGCGGGUCACCUCAAGAGUACGGCGAGAUGCUGCUUCUCCGCCAGCUAAGCCAGGGUGAGACCUUGGAGCCGCAGGCACCGCAGGGGGCCCCCGGGGGCCAACACUACCACCACCUGCUCCAGAUUCGACCCCCAGAGGUGCAGCCGCAGCAGCACCCGGCCCAGGCACCCUGCCCCAGCUUACCCCACUCCGAGAGCAUGGAGGAGGACGAGGUGCCGGCGAGCUACCACCACCCACACGAGGGCCUGCUGGUCAAGGCAGGAGACGGUCAUGAGCUCCUGGGGCCGCCCCAAGGAGGCACCCCCCCCUACACCUCCCCUACACACAGCCAGGGUGGAUACAUAAGGAACGCUCCAGCAACUAGAGAAUCUGAACAUGUGGAGUGCAGGCCCCAGGGGCAGGCCAUGGAGGUGCCUGACCAUAAUGGUGUUGGUUAUUCGCGGGCUCCCCAGCCUGACACCUACAGGUCCCGUGGACAGCUGCAGCGCCACCACACCAUCCAGACCUGUGACGAUGCCUAUGAUCAGGUGGAGCCUAUGUCAGGGAUGAGCCUGUUGGCCGGUAAGGCGCUAAGCUCCGCUCGCAUGUCGGACAUCCUUAGCCAGACGUCUCUGACAGGAAGCCAGCAACUGCGCCAGCGGGAAGAGUCGGAGUGUAAUGUGGAAGAGGAGCUCCUUGCGGCAGCCUGCUACCCCUCCUCCUGCACCAGUGACAUGCUCCUCAGCUACAAGCCCCCCGACCUGCAGUACAGCAUGGAGCAGGCUGGGGUCUAGCACAGGAAGGGGUGCAUCCUGUUUGCAGCGGUCCAUAUCAGCCAUCCUGAGUUGUGUUGACUUGAGUUGAGCAGCAUCACGCCAAACCACCGUUCUCUGCCCAAACAGGGGCGCUCUACGUCCAUCUGUCUGUCUCCAUCAGUCCUCGGGAGGGCAGUCCGCGCAAGACAGGGGGAGUGUGGGUGGGUGUAGACAUUAGUGGGGGUGAGGGUCACAGGUGGGGCCAGGGAUUAGUCGGUCAAAGUGCCAGCAUUUUCUGCACAGACAUCCAGCAUCCAUUGUCGCAGGUUGUCUCCUCUUUUCACAUCCCAUCAUGGGCAGAUCGGGGUUCCACUCCUCCCUAUUUCAACUCAUCCCCCUCCCCUCACCUCCUCCCCCUUACAGACCUUCACCACCACCACCACCCUCAUCCACCUGCCGCCAGGACCUAAUCCUCCCCUUUCACCCUUUAUCUUCUAUUUACUGUUGGCAUACUUCAUUAUGUGCCUCAUUGGCCAACGCAUUGAUACAGUUAUAGUUUAAAGAGUCAAACAACACAAAGAACCAUACACACUGCUGCCACAAACCCAAAGUAUUCACAUAGUGUGAGUGUAUGUAUGUAUGUGUGUGUGUGAGUGUGUGCAUGACUGAGAAGAAGAUGUAAGUGGAGGGGAAAGGUCAGGUUCAGUCUGCUCCUCCCCCCCCCCCCCCCACCUCCUGCUGUCCCGCAGCAGAUCAUUCCUGAGCAGGCUGAAGUCUCAGCGCCGGUGGCGGGGAUGACGACCCCCCCCCCUUUUCGGCUUUAGGUCGGGCUCUCUCCAAAGACUGAGCUCGGUGACAUCGCACAGGACAAACCAGCGCUCUCAUUGUUUUUUUCCUUUAUUGUUCUGGCAUUCAUUUUUUUCUUAUUUUCCUUUAAACUUCAUUUCUAUGGCUAAUGUCCACGUAGGCAUAAUGGUCACUAUUGUUACUCUUAUUGUUAUUACUGUUUUCUGUAAAAGAGGUUUUUAUCAUAAUGAAUAUUAUUAUUAUUAAAGGAAAACAGUUCUGUGUUGCAAGGAAGACAGCAUUGUUCUUUGAUUACUUAAGUAAUUCUGCACUUUCGGUUCAAGCUAUCCUCUCUCUGUCUGCCCCCCCCCCCCCUCUUCACUCUGUCAUGCUGUUUCCCCGCUUUUCAAAUCCUCCUGCCUUCCCCCACCUUUGGUUGCCCUUUGCUCCAUCCUCCUUUCCCAUGUCAGUGACAGUGUAUUGCAUUGUGGGUAGUUUUACCAGACAUUUGCUCCUUUCCUUGUACAGUGACGCCAUGUAUAGAAAGCUAUUGCAACUUCUGUAUCAAAUAAUUUUCUUUUUGUUUUUAGAUGUCGGGGAGGCUUUUUUUAUAUUGGUAUUGUUUAUCAUUUGUAUUUUUGGAUGUCUUCAAAAUGUUUUCUUUUUUGUUUUAAUGAAUUUUGAGAUUUUUAGCCAAAAGAGGACAGAGAGAAGAGACCUUGUGAUCUUUCUGUGUCGUAAAAAAGAUUGUUCUUAUUUGUUUUAAUAUUAUUAUAUCGAGACACUUGAAUAAGAGGAGAGUAAUUAUUUUGUGUUGCUUUUAAAGUAUCAUUUCAAUCGAUGUUGUUGUGACUGUCAUUCUUGUUGAUGUUGGGCCUGUUUUCUGUUAACGGGGUAGUUGUGACAGGCUAUACAGGGUCAGGCUUUGGUUUUGGUCUGGGUUGGUUCGGGUGCUACAGAGACUUGACACUCAAAAAAACGAAAAGACACAAAAACAUCAAGGGAAUAACUUGUAAUAUAGCUGACAUAUCAUCCUAAACAUCCCGAGAGGAGAUGGACAACCCCACUUCUCUUUCUCGCUGCCCUACCCAUCUGCUGUGAUCCUCCGGCCAUCUUUUACUACAUUGGCUUCUGAUUGGACGACGCCUUACGGACACGGCUCACCUCGUUACUUCGGCGGAGGAAACUACAACUACUAUCACUCGACCUUCGCUCCCUCCUUUUUUUUUGGUUAUUUGUCGGCCCUGGAGAUGGGAGGAAUUGAUGACUGCGUUUCAUGAACAGUUUAUGGAUCUCGCCGUAGAUGGAUACAUCUUGACACACCUUUCAAACAUUACACGGGAAACAUUUCCGGAGAUGACCAUAGGAAGGAAUAGCUUGACUUGGACACAGCAGAGGAACACAGAUAGAGGCUACAGCACACUGGGGACCACAGCAGAAGAUUGAACCUCUCCCUUUUUUUAAAUUUAUUUUUAUUGUUUGACUUCUAUUUAUCCUCCUAUAUACUGAGUCUAUAUUGGGCCAGCAAGAGACUGUGGGGCAAAGAAUAAAGCUCCACUUGUACGUAUUCAUACUGGCCAGGUUUCACAAUAGCUGGCUGCACGGUUGACUUUUCAUAAUGCUAUACAUCUGAGAGCUGUAGAUGGAGUCAUGCAGCGCCUGUGCUCUUCAUUUGCACUUCCUGUUUACCAACAAGCGCUCCCCUUCAGAGCAGACUGAAUUAGCUAUAGCGGUAAACCAGAACCUCUAUUAAGUGAGUGCAUACAGAAGUUAACAGUGACAUAAACUCUUUUUCUAACGUGGCUCAUUGGACAGAAGAAGGCCGUUUCCUUUCCAUCUGGGUUUUCCCUAGUUUCUCUUUAAGAUCCAUCCUCCUGUUUUCAUUGUUUGAGCCAGAAGUGAGAUCUGGAAGAGAGGGCUGGAGAGGAAAUAUCUGAAAUGGAAGACUUCGCGUCUCUUGUCCCACGGCAGGAUAGAAACUCUACAUGUAAGACCAGAGGCUCUGCGAUGUCUAUUGUGAGCAGAGCUGUUGUUUCAGAUCUGAGUAGGGAAGGGAAAGAGCAGAGGCACACAGGAAGGGACGGCGUGAAUGGAAAGUACUGCAGACGACAGAGGGGUAAUAAUGCUCCACACACAUCUAUCUUCUGCCUGAUGACUCUGACCCAACUCCCCCACUUUUCUUCUGUCUUAACUCUUCCUCCCCUUCCCCUGCGUCUUUUCUCUCCACCCCAGCCUCAGCAAGCCAGCUCUGCUCUACUCCUGUUUCUUAGGUUCAUUUUUUUUCUUUUCUAUCGGUUCAUUUUGUCCCUUUUUCUUUUUGUCGUUUUAUUUUUUUAUGUUAAUUUCUGUUGAGUACAAAAAUACUAAAGUGCAACAACAAUGAUUAAAAAGAAUAUCAACCAAACUGAGAUGGAUGGAUAAAUAAAUAUAUAUAAAUAAAGAAAUAAUUUAAAAAUGU